UUCCGAUUUUGACUUCAACCUCUUCAUAGAGCGAUGCAAAGGAAACCCAAGUUUUUUUUCCAUGUCAAAGCUUAUCCCCAUACCAACCGUAAAAAGAUUACAGUUGUUUAUCCGAAAAAGGCAACUAAACAAUUGGACGAAACCCUGGUGUAAGCUGGCGGGCGGGUGUAAAUUUUGUCACCGGCUUUUUAAAGCGCUUUUUUUUCCUUUAAAGAUUUUUUCGUUACAUAUGCUCGUUCAGAAUUCAGAUUGCUUAGAUGCAAAGUAACACUAAAUGUUUCCUUAACAUACUCUGUGUACGUUAUUAUCGUAUUGGGCAUUUUCUUCUGAGCUCCAUUUCAGAAUAAGUUAAAAAAGGAUCGUAUUGUGAUCAUCGUCUCCCGAAAAGAAUAAUGGUGAACGAUACGGAGCCUGCAAAAUUAAUUCUCCCUUUCCUGCAGAGAGCUGAUGAACUUCAGAAGCAUGAACCUCUCGUCGCCUAUUACUGCCGUUUAUAUGCAAUGGAACGAGGGUUGAAGAUCCCUGCAAAGGAACGAACCAAAACAACCAGCGCUCUGCUGGUUUCCUUGAUGAAGCAGCUGGAAAAGGAUAAAAAGUCUUUGACAUUGGGUCCUGAAGACAAUCUUUAUGUGGAGGGAUUUGCUUCAAACGUUUUUGCAAAGGCUGACAAACAAGACAGAGCUGGAAGGGCAGACUUAACAACUGCAAAGACUUUUUAUGCAGCAAGUAUAUUUUUUGAAAUACUCAGCCAGUUUGGUGAAGUACAACCAGAAAUUGAGCAGAAACAGAAAUAUGCAAUCUGGAAGGCUGCAGAUAUUCGUAAAGCAAUAAAAGAAGGAAGGAGACCAGAACCAGGCCCUCCUGUUGGGGAUCAAGAUCUGUCAGGACCUGUGGAUUCAGCAUGGGAGGGAAACAGUCCUCCAGGACAGUUAAGACAAGAAAAUUCUCAGGUAAGCCAGUCAAAAGCUUUUGCAAGGUCAGUGCCAGAUGAAGGAACAAAACCAGAACCUUCGUCACAGCUUCCAAGAAAUGUUCAAUAUUAUUCUGCAGAUGAGAUGGAACCACCUCCAUCCUUUUCUGGACCAGAUUAUCAGAGAGUGGGCUCUCAUUCUCAGGCCCCAAAUUCUCAGGCAAGCCAGUCAAAAGCUUUUGCAAGUUCAGUACCAGAUGGAGGAACAAAACCAGAACCUUCGUCACAGUUUCCAAGAAAUGUUCAACAUUAUUCUGCAGAUACGAUGGAACCACCUCCAUCCUUUUCCGGACCAGAUUAUCAGGGAGUGGACUCUUAUUCUCAGGCCCCACAAGACUUUUCUCAUAGCCACCCAACUGUCCAAUCCUCAUCCUACUAUGCUGUGCAAGGAAGACCUCAAGAUGCCUCUGGUGGUCAAUUGGGUGCAGGGUAUUCGUUCUCUCCAUCACACGACACUAUGAAUGUUUCCCAGCCUCAUAACUCAAAUUAUCAAUCUUAUUCAACAAUACAUGAAGGAAAUUUUGAUUCUCAACCCGUGAGCCAUAUCUCAUACCCUUCCAAUCCAUCAUAUUAUCAAAAUGUAAAUGGAAAUGAUUCUAGUUCAAUCCCUUAUCAUGUAAAUUCCUCUCCAAAUCCAGAAUUCGAAUCAAAUUUGCAGUACAAUUCUGUCACUGGUAUAAAUGCAGCAUAUGUCGAGUCAACUUCACUUGAGCGUGCCCCUAGUGUGCCAGCAUUUGCCCCAGCAGCUGCGUAUUCUUAUGACAGCAGUUACCAGCCGCCUCCUGAAAAAAUAGCUGAGGCACAUAAAGCAGCAAGAUUUGCAGUUGGAGCACUUGCAUUUGAUGAUGUACCCACUGCCGUUGAACAUCUGAAACGCUCACUGGAAUUGUUGACACUUCCAUCAACUAGACAGUAAGCCGAGCAGUAUUUUAUGUGGGUUAUUGCCAUUUCCAAAUUUAUAAGAAGUUGAGACUAUUAUGUAUUUGAGUUUCCAGCCACCUCCUGAAAAAAAUUCUGAGGCACAUAAAGCAGCAAGGUUUGCAGACUUGCAUUUUAUGAUGUACCCACAGCAGUUGAUCAUCUUAAGCGCUCACUGGAGUUGUUGACGCUUCCAUCAACUAGCCUGUAAGCCUAGCAUUAUUUUAUGUGGGUUAUUGCCAUUUCCAAUUUAUAGUAAGUUUGGGUUGUCCUAGCGUGGAAUAUGUAUUAAUAUGUCAUGUAAAAAUUUCACUUUGCAUUUCAGAGUAAUCUACCUUUGGUGUGUCCAGACUCCAGAUUGCCUUCUGCAUGCAUUUAUAUUUUAAAGGGGUUAAUUUUCUUUUUUUCUUCUUGUUGAUUUUGUUUUUCUUUCUAUUUUUUUAAUUCAUUAAUAAGCAUUCCCAAAAUUUUGACAUGGA